GUAAAUCCAAAACUUGAAUCUUUACAGUAGAGGGUUGAGAUAAAUAAAACGCCUUGGGAGAUAGAAAGAAAUGGCUUCUUCCUCUCAUUGUUUCUUCGUCUUUUCAAUGGCACUUUUGUUACAAUUUCUCGUAGCCCCUGCUGCUUCGGCCUUGCCUUUAAACUCCACACAAUACAUCGACAAAUUAUGUCAGAUGUCAUCUAUUGACGACAAACCAUUCUGCUGGCAAACGUUGACUGGUUUUCGUUGGGCGAAGUAUGCCGGAAGCUCGGUCACACUUGCAGAAGUCGUGAUCAGCGGCCUUCUCGUAUCCCAUGUCCAGAAGACAAUGCGUUUUGCACUACUCACAGCACAAAAGGAGCCGAGUUUGAAGGCACAGUUCGGGACGUUCCACGAUACCUAUAGAACUAUGGGAUACUCUCUCGGAAAAGCCUUUCAAGAACUCAGAGUCUCUCCACGUACCGCAAACCAUGAUGUUAUGACUUGUACCGACCAAAUCACCCAAGUGAUGAAUUUGAUCGGUAAAAACCAAGACGUGUCUUCGAAGACUCUCAUUGACAUGACAAUGCAAAUGAAGAAGCUCCUUCCUCUUGGUGUUACAGCCACACAAGCUAUCGGCGGGUGAAGACAGAACGCGAAGAUGAGAACAUGUACCAUUCGGCUUGUCUUUAUAAUUGCAAAAGGUUGAAAGUAUUUAACAUAUGAUAUCAUUUCCAAAAGCUCAUUUUUGCAAAUGACUUAUAUAUAUCUUUAUUAACUGAGAAGCGUUUAUACCAA